CCGCGGUCCUGGGUCACAAAGGCGGUUGCCAGGCGCCCGGUGGAGAGAAGAUGCGGCCCCGGCCCGCCGCCACCCCGCAGCGUGCGCCCACCCGGCCCCGACCCCACAGGACUGUCGAUGGCAGGCUACCAGCUCUGGUCAUCAUGGACGCCGCUGGACGAGAGCUUCCAAUGGCUGCGGCACACGACGCCUACGCCUUCUUCCAAGCACCCCUUCAGGGCCUCCCCCGGCUUCCCUCACACCCCUUCUGACCUCGAGGUGCAGCUGUGCUUUCAAGAGGUCACCCUGGUUCUAGACAGCCCAGUCCUGGAGUCCGGGCUGAGCCCCAAGUUACCCUGCCACACGUCAGAGCUCCGGAGCACGGGCGGCAAGAAAGGGCAGGUCAGGAAGCCCCAGCCCGUGCGCCUCAGCGGAGUGGACUCCGUGUUCGGCCGGGUCAUCACCGCCCAGCCGCCCAAGUGGACCGGGACCUUCCGGGUCUCCGACAAGUCGGCCUUCUGCAAGAUCAUCAGCCGGGAGCACCAGUGGCCCACCGGCCUGAGGGAGCCGCAGAUUCAGAUGACGGUGGCCAUGUGCAAGCAGAUGCUGCGCUCCAUCCUCCUGCUGUAUGCCACCUACAAGAAGUGCACCUUUGCCCUGCAGCACUCCAAGUAGGGCCCGUCUCAUCCGGGGUCCCCGCACCGGCGCCUCCGCUCUGUGCUCGAAGCUUGCAGAAGCCCGUCCCUGGGACGGCGUGCCGUGACAUUCCUCGGCAGCUGGGUUUUUCGAUAAGCAGAGAGAAUUCACAGGAGCCCUCACUCUCCUCCUCUCCAAGAAAGGGUCAGGGGCACAGCAAGGGAGGAUGUUAAGGCGAAUAACCAUCUGAACAGUCAAGCUGACACCGACGUGAUGAAGAGCUGUUAGGCCACAAAGUACCUCACCGGGUGUGAACUAGUUGAGGCAGCCGAGACCACAGGGUGGGGAAAUGAAGGCACAUCAAGGCAGGAGAGUGUGGACUUCUCUGGACGUGAGCAUGGAGGAUCUGUGUUUGUUUACACAACAACCCCCCCCCCCCCCGAAAACCACAACAGCAAAACCGAACGUCACUGGAGAGGACAGAGGGGGCAGAAAUAUCAAACAGGUAGUAGACAGUGUUUCAGCCUGGCAAGGAAGAAAGAACUUGGCAGCAACCCAGAAACUGGGCUUCUGACUGAAGCCACAAGAGCACCCCACUUUAGCCGUGUCCUUGUUCCUGACGUUCUUCUUCUAGCAGAGCAUAAGAAUUUUGUAGUGUCCUUGCAAGUAGGCUACAAGAAUGACUCAGAAUGUUGAAAUAAAUAUUAUAUAUAUGCAAAGCCA